ACACAGGGGUUAAAUAUCAGCUUGUUUUGAUCAUUCCCAUCCUCAGCAAAGCCUCUUCCCCAAGUCCUGGAACAGCUGGAAUGUUUGCUCAUUGCUCUCCUGUCCAGUGCAAACCUGUUACCCAAUUAACCAAGGGCACAUUUCACCCAGUUGGGUUGGAUUUUGACAGAAUUCCCAUAAUCCAUGACCCCUUUGGACCUCUGCUGGGCACGUGUGGCCUGUGCUUAUGCAGGGAAUAAUACGGAUAUGAAAUCCAGACCUUUCCAGAAAUUAAAGGAAAACUAGCCAGGGUUCUGGCAGCCUGCCCAGCUCUGGGUCUGACUCUUACGUGGCUCUUUCCUGGGGAAAAAAAGAUAGUAAGGAAAAAAGAGGGAAAUGAGAGCAGAGCUAUACAUAACAUUUUAAUAUUGAAUUUCUUGAGGAGAUACUGAAAUCUGGGAGGCAGCCGGACCACUGAUGGAUCUCAUCCAUCAUCCCAAAGCAGCUUAUCACCCUCUGGCUCCGAGCUGGCUGCUCCCAGCUCUCCUUGGAUUGGGCUGGCUCAGAAUUGCUCCCAAUAAUUCAGAUAAAGGGAAGCAGAAGGUUCUUCGGCUCUGUCCAAAUCCUGCUGUCACCCAAACCCCCAGAAGUGGGGAGAGCACACAAAGGGCUUGGUUUUCCUUCUCCUGACUGGCACAUUUUCCUAAGGAACCUUUUUGCUCUUCCAGAAAAGCAUAUUUCUAGUUCCAGUGCUUCUGGGAUAAAUAAGUUUUUCCUGAGGGACCCCACCAGGAAUGCAGCCACCCACCACAUUUCCUGCAGAAGGGAGAAUACCAACCCCAAACGCUUGGGAUGAUUGUUUGGCCAUUCCCGCCUCCUUUGUGCCCAUGCCACCUAAAAUCCACUAUCUCAUCCCAAAAACCGGUGGCUCUGUGCCCACAAUCCCACAGCCAGCCCAGUGCCCAACUCCCUCACUAUAACAGCUCUGUCCCACUCAGCUCCCUCGGGCAUCCCAAAUUCCCAUUUUUUUGUCCCUCGCUGCCGGAAGGCGCACCCCGAACCCCAAACCCAGCGGGGUUUCCUCCCAUGCGGGGCUGUGAGGGGACACCCGGCCUGUCCCCCCCGCACCCGGGGCACGGCGCCGGCACCGCCGCGGGACAGCUGCCGAGGUGGCAGCGGGUGCAGAGCCGGCGGCCUUGGAGGGAUUUUUCCCGGGACAUUCGGCGGAUCCAGCGCCUGUGGGACGGCGGUGACGCCUGCGGAGGGUGACACAGGCCCACGGCCGGGCUCGGGUCCCCUUCAGCCUCCAUCUUCAGGCGGCACCAGGCGCGCGCUCACCACCCCGCGCGCCGAUGACGUCACGCGCCCGUAGACCGCUCCCCCUUCCCGCCCCGUUGUCGCUUCUCCGUGACGUCAUCGCGCCGCACCGCGGGCGGUGGCGCGCGCCCGGAGCGGCCAUGGCGGUGCCGGUGGCGGAGCCGGCCCGGGCCGGGCCCCGGCUGGGGAUGGCGCUGGGGCUGGCGGCGGGCGCCGGCCUCUGCCUCGGGCUGCUCUGGGCCAUGCGCCGCCGCUCCAAGGAGACGACGAAGCCGCCGCGCCACGUCCAUACCAUGCCCAGAGCGCUGCUCCCGGCGGAUGCGGGCGAUGGAGCCAUGCCCAGCCCCCUGGUGAAGAGGGACGGAGAGCUGGAGCUGCUGGAGCGCCUGGACUGCAUGGUGAGGAGCAUCGUGGAGCUGAGGAAGGAGGUGGAGGAGCUGCGGAACAGCCUCCAGCACCUGGCGGUGGAGAUCGUGGGGGAAGUCAGGACCCACCUGGAAGAAACCCAGCGUGUGACUCGCCGGAGGAGGAUCCCCUUCCCCAGGGAGAGAAGUGACUCCACAGGCUCCAGCUCCAUUUAUUUCACAGCCAGCUCAGGGAAUAUCAACACAGACGAUGGAGAGAGUGAAGGGGGUUACACCACGGCCAACGCCGAGUCCGACUACGACCGGGAGUCGGAGCGGGAGAGCGAGGAAGGGGAGGACGACGUGAGCUGUGACACAGUGAGGGCUGCGCGCAGGGAUUCCCUGGAUCUGGUCCCCGAGGAUGAAACCCCUCUGGUCCUGGAUUCCUUGCUGGAGGAGGGGCUGGGACAGCUCCUGGAGCAGGCUGAUCGGCUGCACAGCGGGGAUGAGCAGGACAAGAGAGAGGGGUUCCAGCUGCUCCUCAACAACAAGCUGGCGGUAAAGUACGCAGGGCAGCAGGAAUUCCUGUGGCGCCUGGCGCGGGCGCACAGCGACAUGUGGGAGCUGACGGAGGACGCGGAAGAGAGGAGAUCCUACGCCAGUGGGGGGAAGGAAGAGCUGGAACUUGCCUGGCAGAAAUGGGAUCAAAGUGCUGAGUGCCACCAGUGGUUUGCCAUUCUUUGUGGGCAGGUGUCGGAAUAUGAGAGCAUUCCCAAGCGCAUCCAGGCUGGAUAUGUUUUCAAGGAACACAUUGAUAAAGCCAUUGCCCUGAAGCCACAGGACCCACAGCUCUACUAUCUCCUGGGCAGGUGGUGUUACCAGGUUGCCCACCUGGGCUGGCUGGAGAAGAGGACAGUGUCGGCGCUGUUCGAGGCGCCCCCGACAGCCACGGUGCAGGACGCACUCCAGAACUUCCUGCGGGUCGAGGAGCUGAGCCCAGGGUUUUCCAAAGCAGGAAGAGUUUACAUUGCCAAGGUAACCACUCACUUGUUUGUUCAGAGGUGCUACAAGGACCUCGGGAACGCCUCAGCAGCGGUGCUGUGGAUGGAUCUUGCUUCGGAGCUGCAAGGGAACACCAAAGAGGAUGUAGAAAGCCAGAGGGAACUUGAGGAGAUGCGCUCGGUCUGGGAGGAAUAAUUUUGGCAAAACUCAUCCCAUUGCAGAGACAGUAAAAUUCCAAAGGGAUUUCAUGAUUCUGAUAAUUCCAAGUACACUUCAAGGAUAAACAACAAGAGCUUACAGGAAAACACCCAGCAGCACAUCCAGGAAAACAUCUUGGAAUUAAUGGGAUAAAAUGGUGGUUUAUUUUCCUUUGCAGAGCACUGCAUGUGUUUGAUUUUAGGAUCCCUAAAAAUGUUACAUUCCUGAAAAACAGGGGGGAAUGUGGGGGUUUAUAGGUAGAGGUUGUGAUAUAAAAAUAUUUGUGGUUUUAUAUAUAUAUAUUUAUGGCAGAUAUAUGUGAGAUAGAUACUUUGUGAUAUAAGUAUGUAUUAUAUAUAUUUUAUAUAUGUGUGUAUAAAUAUAUAUAUAUCUUUAUUUAUAUAUAAUAUAUAUAUAUAUGCACACAUAUAUUUUAUAUCACACACUCUGCCUGUCGGGAAGCCUUGCUGGUGAGCUCCCAAUUCAUUCCUGAGGAAAACUUGAGCCAAAUUUUUUUCUAGUUUAUUUGUAUUCUCUUUUCUGUAGUAAUUAAUGAUAUCAGUUGUAAUAA